UAGCAAGUGACUUGUAAUUAGGAAGUAAAAUAAUUUACAAUUCAAAUAUGUUCAAAUUUGUUACUUGUUGUUUAAUUAUAAAUGCGUUAUUAGCGCCUUUUGCUCUUAGUCAAAAUAAUAAUGUUGCCACAGAUGUAACAACAGUAAUCGAUGUGGAAAUUCAAGAAGCUUUUAAAUUUUCAAAUGUUGUCAGUUCAUCCAUAGAAGAAUAUAUACGUGAAGCUUUACCUUCUGAAGCUAGGUUAGAAGGUGAGAAAAUUUUACAAGAUGUAAAGGAGGGUCUAAUUACUUGUGAGUCAUUCGUUCAUACACCUCUCGAUAUUUGGCAAUAUAAGGUGUGUAGCUCGUCGCUGUUGCGUGAUGGUAUGGCCGCUUUAGGUGCACUGCAGGCUAAAUAUAGACCAUUCACAUCGGGUGCCUCCAGAAUUGGAUUAUUUUGGUAGUUAAAUUAUGUAUGAAAAUGUAAAUGUUUUUUAAAGAAUAUAAUAUGGUGUCUUUGACGCACUUUUUUGAGUUU